UUAAACAAACAUUUCAACCCACUGAUGUUGAAUUCAAGAUGGCCGCUACGUACAAGGGUUACUCGAAGCUCGCCGAAAAACUUGCGCGAGUGACUCACUUUACGUGCGAGGAGACAGACUGUCUGCUCAAUAUGUACGACACCGUUGCGGGCGGUUGCCGGCUCGACGCCAACCGGUUUCGUGACGUCAUGCAUGCAGUGUUUGGCAUGACUGAUGACGUCAUGCUCGAGUACAUCUUCCAGACUGCUACAGCGUGUAUGACCACAACCGUGACGGGGGCGUGUCGCGAGAAGAGAUGAUGCAGCUGCUGAGGCCACACGUAGUGACGCUGCCGCCCGGCGAAGAGAGGGAUGAAGUUGCUAAAGAUUUGCUGGACUUGGCGGUUAAGAAAUUGGAUGAAGACCACGACGGCCGUGUGAGUCGUGAAGACUACACGGCUGCCGUCACACGGGAGCCCCUCUUGCUCGAGGCCUUAGGGGCUUGUCUUCCAGAAACCAGGGCUCGGGAUGAAUUUCUCGCAACGUUUAUGGAAAAAUACGGAAGAAAACUACAGCAACCGAUUUAAUUCCGAUUAAACUCUCCUUGUCAUCU